AUGUAUGUUGUAUUUUCUCAGGGGAUUAAGUUCCUGAUCGAGAACGACCUGCUGAAGCACACUAGUGAUGACAUCGCCCAGUUCCUGUACAAGGGGGAGGGGCUAAACAAGACUGCCAUCGGAGACUACCUUGGGGAGAGGUCAGUGGGGAGAGCAGUGACGGCCACUUCUCUUUAUGGGAGGGGUGUGUGUUUGUCGUGUCUGUUUGUGUGUGUUUCUGUGUGUGUGUGUGUGUGUUUCUGUGUAGUUCAGAAGGACGUCACUACUUUCCUGUCAAAGAUGAAAAAAAUGUAUGCACUCACUACUGUAAGUCGCUAAGAGCGUCUGCUAAAUGACUAAAAUGUAAAAUGUAAAUGUCCCAUUUCCAGAUCACAUACUUUCCCUAGUGCACCAUUUCCUCGGUCAGGUCAGGCACACACCCUUUCCCCCAACGCCCUUUACCCCAACGCCCUUUACCCCAACGCCCUUUCGCCCAACGCCCUUUAUUAGAUCCACAUCUAGGCCCUCAGACCUCAAAACAGAGGCGUCGAUUCCUUCACAGUCCAUCUGUCUUUGAUUUCCACUUCAUCCAUUCUAAAUCAUGUUAUUAAGUACCUAAAAAUCCUGGAAUGUUGGCAGAAGCAGAAUUUGUUUUAAAAAGUAGAGUCUCUCCUGAAGAGAUACCAUAUUUUAUAUUAAUUCAAAGCCACAUAACAGGCAACACCCAAUGGCUGGACAGUGUGUAUAUAUUACCCAGGGAGCAUUGCCUGCCUUAUAGUGCUACAGCCUGGGUGUGGUCGGCUAGUUGACGAAGCCAGACCAGGAAAUGGAGAGCUGAGUUGUGUUCAGUAGGGCAAUGUUUUAAAAUGGUUUGCAACGGAAAAGGUAAAUGAGAGUUUCAUAAUUGGACCCAUUUCAGGGAGUCCCUCUCUGUUUCAGUCCGUUUUCUUACAUUCGGUACCUAAUGAACACCACCCAUAUCUCGUCAUGGAUGCUCAGUCCAAUUGGUAUCAAGAGAUUUCUGAUUCCGGUGCGGGAGGGGCAAACUGUGUGUGUGCUCUCCCUGAUUGGUCAGGAAUCCCCCUGGGCAGAGUUUGGGAUUGGCUUUGACCCUGUCAGAGAUCGACAGGAGGCCUCCCAGGACCUAUCUUAGGGGAGAUAUCACUAACUCCAAAGGCCACAGAUGUCAAGAAGAGUGAUGUCAUGAUAGAGGUGUCACCUUGUGUGUGCCCCCUCCCCCAGUUUUGUAUUGAUUGUGUGUGUGUGUGUGUUGCGUGUGUAUGUGCACGCGCAUGCAUGCGUGUGUGUGUAUGUGCGUUUGUGUGUCUGGCUGUGUGUCUAAAUGUCUGUGUGUCUGUGUCUUUUUAUGUGUCUCUGUCUCUACACUCAAAUAAUUUAGCGAUGAUUUCAGAAAAUCAUUAACAUAUUAUAUUAUUUUCCUUAUAGAGAUGAGUUCAACCUCCAGGUCCUCCAUGACUUUGUGGAGCUCCAUGAAUUCACCGACCUGAACCUGGUCCAGGCCCUGAGGUAAGAGCCUCCCAGUGGGGCUUUAUAACCUACAAAUCAUCAGGCCCCUAUGGGUACUUAUGAGACACACACCCACACACUCCAAACAUCUCUGACUCUCCAGAGAGCCAAAGCACAGGCUUCUAUCACAACCUCUUCCUGAUACAGCAUUGUCCUGUAGUUACCUAGCAUUAUCUUUAUCCUCCUGAUACAGCAUUGUCCUGUAGUUACCUAACGUUAUCUUUAUCCUCCUGAUAUACCAUUGUCCUAUAGUUACCUAACGUUAUCUUUGUCCUCCUGAUAUACCAUUGUCCUAUAGUUACCUAACAUUAUCUUUAUCCUCCUGAUAUAGCAUUUUCCUAUAGUUACCUAACGUUAUCUUUAUCCUCAUGAUACAGCAUUGUCCUGUAGUUACCUAACGUUAUCUUUAUCCUCCUGAUAUACCAUUGUCCUGUAGUUACCUAACGUUAUCUUUAUCCUCCUGAUAUACCAUUGUCCUGUAGUUACCUAACGUUAUCUUUAUCCUCCUGAUAUACCAUUGUCCUAUAGUUACCUAACGUUAUCUUUAUCCUCCUGAUAUACCAUUGUCCUGUAGUUACCUAACGUUAUCUUUAUCCUCCUGAUAUACCAUUGUCCUAUAGUUACCUAACGUUAUCUUUAUCCUCCUGAUAUACCAUUGUCCUAUAGUUACCUAACGUAUCUUUAUCCUCCUGAUAUACCAUUGUCCUAUAGUUACCUAACGUUAUCUUUAUCCUCCUGAUAUACAAUUGUCCUAUAGUUACCAAACGUUAUCUUUAUCCUCCUGAUAUACCAUUGUCCUAUAGUUACCUAACGUUAUCUUUAUCCUCCUGAUAUACCAUUGUCCUAUAGUUACCUAACGUUAUCUUUAUCCUCCUGAUAUACCAUUGUCCUAUAGUUACCUAACGUUAUCUUUAUCCUCCUGAUAUACCAUUGUCCUAUAGUUACCUAACGUUAUCUUUAUCCUCCUGAUAUAGCAUUUUCCUAUAGUUACCUAACGUUAUCUUUAUCUCAUGAUACAAGCAUGUCCUGUAGUUACCUAACGUUAUCUUUAUCCUCCUGAUAUACCAUUGUCCUGUAGUUACCUAACGUUAUCUUUAUCCUCCUGAUAUACCAUUGUCCUGUAGUACCUAACUUUAUCUUGUAUCCUCCUGAUAUACCAUUGUCCUAUAGUUUACCUAACGUUAUCUUUAUCCUCCUGAAUAUCCCAUUGUCCUAUAGUUACCUAACGUUAUCUUUAUCCUCCUGAUAUACCAUUGUCCUAUAGUUACCUAACGUUAUCUUUAUCCUCCUGAUAUACCAUUGUCCUAUAGUUUACCUAACGUUAUCUUUAUCCUCCUGAUAUACCAUUGUCCUAUAGUUACCUAACGUUAUCUUUAUCCUCCUGAUAUACCAUUGUCCUAUAGUUACCUAAACGUAUCUUUAUCAUCCUGAUAUACCAUUGUCCUAUUAGUUACCUAAACGUUAUCUUUAUCCUCAUGAUAUUACAUUGUCCUAUAGUUACCUAACGUUAUCUUUAUCCUCCUGAUAUACCAUUGUCCUAUAGUUACCUAACGUUAUCUUUAUCCUCCUGAUAUACCAUUGUCCUAUAGGUUACCUAACGUUAUCUUUAUCCUCCUGAUAUACCAUGGUCCUGUAGGUUACCCUAACGUUAUCUUUAUCUCCUGAUAUUACCAUUGUUCCUAUAGUUACCUAACGUUAUAUUAUCCUCCUGAUAUACCAUGUCCUGUAGGUUACCUAACGUAUCUUUAUCCUCCUGAUAUACCAUUGUCCUAUAGUUACUAACGUUAUCUUUAUCCUCCUGAUAUUACCAUUGUCCUAUAGUUACCUAACGUUAUCUUUAUCCUCCUGAUAUACCAUUGUCCUAUAGUUACCUAACGUUAUCUUUAUCCUCCUGAUAUACCAUUGUCCUAUAGUUACCUAACGUUAUCUUUAUCCUCCUGAUAUACCAUUGUCCUAUAGUUACCUAACGUUAUCUUUAUCCUCCUGAUAUAGCAUUUUCCUAUAGUUACCUAACGUUAUCUUUAUCCUCAUGAUACAGCAUUGUCCUGUAGUUACCUAACGUUAUCUUUAUCCUCCUGAUAUACCAUUGUCCUGUAGUUUACCUAACGUUAUCUUUAUCCUCCUGAUAUACCAUUGUCCUGUAGUUACCUAACGUUAUCUUAUCCUCCUGAUAUACCAUUGUCCUAUAGUUACCUAACGUUAUCUUUAUCCUCCUGAUAUACCAUUGUCCUAUAGUUACCUACGUUAUCUUUAUCCUCCUGAUAUACCAUUGUCCUAUAGUUACCUAACGUAUCUUUAUCCUCCUGAUAUACCAUUGUCCUAUAGUUACCUAACGUUAUCUUAUCCUCCUGAUAUACCAUUGUCCUAUAGUUACCUAACGUUAUAGCUUUAUCCUCCUGAUAUACCAUUGUCCUAUAGUUACCAAACGUUAUCUUUAUCCUCCUGAUAUACCCAUUGUCCUAUAGUUACCUAACGUUAUCUUUAUCCUCCUGAUAUACCAUUGUCCUUAGUUACCUAACGUUAUCUUUAUCCUCCUGAUAUACCAUUGUCCUAUAGUUACCUAACGUUAUCUUUAUCCUCCUGAUAUACCAUUGUCCUAUAGUUACCUAACGUUAUCUUUAUCCUCCUGAUAUACCAUUGUCCUGUAGGUACCUAACGUUAUCUUUAUCCUCCUGAUAUACCAUUGUCCUAUAGUUACCUACGUUAUCUUUAUCCUCCUGAUAUACCAUUGUCCUGUAGUUACCUAACGUUAUCUUUAUCCUCCUGAUAUACCUUUGUCCUAUGUUACCUAACGUUAUCUUUACCCUCCUGAUAUCCCAUUGGUCCUAUAGUUACCUAACUUUAUUUAUCCUCCUGAUAUACCAUUUCCUAUAGUUACCUAACAUAUCUUUAUCCUCCUGAAUACCAUUGUCCUUUUAGUUACCUAACGUUAUCUUUUCCCUCCUGAUAUACCUUUGUCCUAUAGUUACCUAACGUAUUUUAUCCUCCUGUAUACCAUUGCCCUGUAGUACCUAACUUUUAUCUUUAUCCUCCUGAUAUACCAUUGUCCUAUAGUUACCUAACGUUAUCUUUAUCCCCUAUUAGCAUUGUCCUUAGUUACCUAACGGUUAUUUUUAUCCUCCUGAUAUACCAUUUUUCCUAUAGUUCCCUAAGUUAUCUUUAUCCCCCUGUUUAUCCCAUUGUCCUGUAGUUACCUAACGUUAUUUUUUAUACUCCUGAUAUACCAUUGUCCUAUAGUUAACCUAACGUUUUUUUACCCUCCGAUUACCAUUGUCCUGUAGUUACCUAACGUUAUCUUUAUCUCCUGAUAUACCAUUGUCCUAUAGUUACCUAACUUUAUCUUUAUCCUCCUGAUAUACAUUGUCCUAUAAUUACCAACGUUAUCUUAUCCCCCUGAUAUACCAUUGCCCCUAUAGUUACCUAACGUAUCUUUCUCCUGAUAUACCAUUGUCCUUAAGUUACCUAACGUUAUCUUUAUCCUCCUGAUAUACCAUUGUCCUAUAGUUACCUAACGUUAUCUUAUCCUCCAAAUCCAUUGUUGUAGUUCUAACGUUCUACCUCCUGAUAUCUUGUUCAUUUCCAAGUUCAUCCCGAUAUCAUUGUCUAUGAUAGGUUACCUUUAUCCUCCUGUAUAUUGUCUAUUUUACUGUGUAUCUUAUCCUCUGUAUACGUGGGGCAAAAGUAUUUGUCGUCACCGAUUUGCAAUGUUCUGCCUUAAAGAUCGAAAGCCCUGUGUCUUUUUUAGGUACACGCCCUAUACAGCAAAUUGUGAAGAAAAAAAAUCCAGAAAAUCACAUUGUACGAUUUUUUAUGAAUUUAUUUGCAAAUUAUGGUGGAAAAUAAGUAUUUGGUCACCUACAAACAAGCAAGAUUUUUGGCUCUCACAGACCUGUAACUUUUUCUUUAAGAGGCUCCUCUGUCCUCCACUCGUUACCUGUAUUAAUGGCACCUGUUUGAACUUGUUAUCAGUAUAAAAGACACCUGUCCACAACCUCAAACAGUCACACUCCAAACUCCACUAUGGCCAAGACCAAAGAGCUGUCAAAGGACACCAGAAACAAAAUUGUAGACCUGCACCAGGCUGGGAAGACUGAAUAUGCAAUAGGUAAGCAGCUUGGUUUGAAGAAAUCAACUGUGGGAGCCAUUAGUAGGAAAUGGAAGACAUACAAGACCACUGAUAAUCUCCCUUGAUCUGGGGCUCCACGCAAGAUCUCACCCCGUGGGGUCAAAAUGAUCACAAGAACGGUGAGCAAAAAUCCCAGAACCACACGGGGGGACCUAGUGAAUGACCUGCAGAGAGCUGGGACCAAAGUAACAAAGCCUACCAUCAGUAACACACUACGCCGCCAGGGACUCAAAUCCUGCAGUGCCAGACGUGCCCCCCUGCUUAAGCCAGUACAUGUCCAGGCCCGUCUGAAGUUUGCUAGAGUGCAUUUGGAUGAUCCAGAAGAGGAUUGGGAGAAUGUCAUAUGGUCAGAUGAAACCAAAAUAGAACUUUUUGGUAAAAACUCAACUCGUCGUGUUUGGAGGACAAAGAAUGCUGAGUUGCAUCCAAAGAACACCAUACCUACUCUGAAGCAUGGGGUGGAAACAUCAUGCUUUGGGGCUGUUUUUCUGCAAAGGGACCAGGACGACUGAUCCGUGUAAAGGAAAGAAUGAUUGGGGCCAUGUAUCGUGAGAUUUUGAGUGAAAACCUCCUUCCAUCAGCAAGGGCAAUGAAGAUGAAACGUGGCUGGGUCUUUCAGCAUGACAAUGAUCCCAAACACACCACCCGGGCAACGAAGGAGUGGCUUCGUAAGAAGCAUUUCAAGGUCCUGGAGUGGCCUAGCCAGUCUCCAGAUCUCAACCCCAUAGAAAAUCUUUGGAGGGAAUUGAAAGUCCGUGUUGCCCAGCGACAGCCCCAAAACAUCACUGCUCUAGAGGAGAUCUGCAUGGAGGAAUGGGCCAAAAUACCAGCAACAGUGUGUGAAAACCUUGUGAAGACUUACAGAAAACGUUUGACCUGUGUCAUUGCCAACAAAGGGUAUAUAACAAAGUAUUGAGAAACUUUUGUUAUUGACCAAAUACUUAUUUUCCACCAUAAUUUGCAAAUAAAUUCAUUAAAAAUCCUACAAUGUGAUUUUUUGGAGAAAAAAAAUCUCAUUUUGUCUGUCAUAGUUCACGUGUACCUAUGAUGAAAAUGACAGGCCUCUCUCAUCUUUUUAAGUGGGAGAACUUUCACAAUUGGUGGCUGACUAAAUACUUUUUUUCCCCACUGUACCAUUGUCCUAUAGUUACCUAACGUUAUCUUUAUCCUCCUGAUAUACCAUUGUCCUAUAGUUACCUAACGUUAUCUUUAUCCUCCUGAUAUACCAUUGUCCUAUAGUUACCUAACGUUAUCUUUAUCCUCCUGAUACAGCAUUGUCCUAUAGUUACCUAACGUUAUCUUUAUCCUCCUGAUAUACCAUUGUCCUAUAGUUACCUAACGUUAUCUUUAUCCUCCUGAUAUACCAUUGUCCUAUAGUUACCUAAUGUUAUCUUUAUCCUCCUGAUAUACCAUUGUCCUAUAGUUACCUAACGUUAUCUUUAUCCUCCUGAUAUACCAUUGUCCUAUAGUUACCUAACGUUAUCUUUACCCUCCUGAUACCAUGUCCUGUAGUUACCUAACGUUAUCUUUAUCCUCCUGAUACCAUUGUCCUAUAGUUACCUAACGUUAUCUUUAUCCUCCUGAUAACCAUUGUCCUUUAUUUUACCUAACGUUAUCUUUAUCCUCCUGAUACACCAUUGUCCUUAAAGUUACCUAACGUUGCUUUAAUCCAUUGAAUAGGGUUAUUGUCCUGUGUUACCAAAACCUUUAAUCUUUAUCUUCCUGAUACAGGGCAUUGCCUUGUAAGCCUACGAUAACUACCCUUAUCCUCCUGAAUAAAAGCUUGCCCUUUUACCAGAACGUUGUGUUAACUCAUCUGUCAGGGGUGACUUUACUAAACUGCCCAAAACAGAAGUAAUCUCCUCUUCCAUUACCUGUACAUGCAAGCUGCUUAUACGGAAAAAGGUAGUUUUAGAUAGCAAUCCUUACCUGUACAUCAAUGCCCUACGAAACAGGAGGUAGAUAGACUAGCCUCCUGUCCAGGGGGUGUACCUGUACAUCAAGCUGCCUCACUACAGAAACAGGAGGUAGAUAGACUAGCCUCCUGUCCAGGGGGUGUACCUGUACAUCAAGCUGCCUCACUACAGAAACAGGAGGUAGAUAGACUAGCCUCCUGUCCAGGGGGUGUACCUGUACACCUGCUUCAGUCUACAUAAACAUGAGAUAGACUCCUGCUCCUAUAAGCUGUUCCAUCUAGCAUUAGCCACGGCUCGUGGAAGGCUACUUACUUCCUUACACACUUGUACCAGCCAUAACAUACUGUAACACAGCACUUCACAGAAUAGUUAUUAGAUAGUAGUUGAGCUGUUACACCACCACCAAUGUUAGUAUGAAGACGCACUAAGAAAACCCAUCUACCAAGACAGAAGAGAACUGCAGGGCUAAUAUAGUAUGGAUACAACAAGUUAGGAUUUGUCCCAACUAUGCACCCUAAUUCCCUAUAGAGUGCACUACUUGACCGUUUACAUGUUGGUUAUUUAGUAGACACUCUUAACCAGAGUGCAUUUCUCUAAGUUAGAUAAAGCAAACAGGAGCCGUUCUGGCUCAGACAAGGCUUACUUACUUUACAUGAGAAAAAAUUGUCCCACUUUCACACCCUCAUCAGUAGUUAACAAAGGCCUUCAGUCAUCUAAAUAUGUGUAUCAACCUACUGGUCAAAAGUAGUGCACUACGUAGAAAGUAGGGUGCCAUUUGGUAUUUAGACAAAGUUAGUAGUUAAUAGAUGGUAUUACUGACUAAGCUCUCUUUCUCCUCCCCUGACAGACAGUUCCUGUGGAGCUUCCGGCUGCCUGGCGAGGCCCAGAAGAUCGACCGCAUGAUGGAGGCAUUCGCCCAGAGAUACUGCCAGUGCAACCCUGGUGUCUUCCAGUCCACAGGUAGGAACACAGGCUUGGACCUCAUUACCAGGCAUGUAGUGAAGAGUCAACACGAUUUACACUAAAGCAUUGUUAGAGCUAGGGUUACCGCCUGUCAUGGUGAUGGGCGAUUGAAGGGUACCAUUUGAAGUGUCUACUGAGGGUGAAGUGGUGAAUGGAUAUACAGUAUGAAUUUUAGAUCUGAAGUUACUGUAUACCCCUGUUAUAGGGUAUCCCACUCCAACAAGUCUGUGUUCACUGAUGCACUUUUCAAAGAGGAAGAUGUUAUUCUCCAGUGUGCAGGUACAAUAGGAUGUGAAUGCCAUUCUAGCAGUAUUAUUCCUACUGUAUUUAGCAGGCAUGGUGAAGUGCAGACUUGUGUUCAAAGACUAUUCAAAAUCAAUACUUAAUCUGCGCUUGAUUGAGCUUGCUUGGCUUAAUGGACCAAUAGAACAGUCCCAAUACUACAAACCUCGCCCAUCUUUCACUUCAGGCAGGCUAGAGCAAACGCUCAAAGUAUUUGUAAAAAAAUAUAUAUAUAUAUACUGAACAAAAAUAUAAACGCAACAUGUAAAGUGUUGGUCCCAUGUUUCAUGAGCUGAAAUAAACAAUCCCCGUAAUGUUCCAUACGCACAAAAAGUGUAUUUCUCUCAAAUUUUGUGCACAAAUCUGUUUACAUCCUUGUUAGGGAGCAUUUUAUCCUUUGUCAAGAUAAUCCAUCCACCUGACAGACAGCAUGAUCAUUACACAGGCACACCUUGUGCUGGGGACAAUAAAAGGCCACUCUAAAAUGUGCAGUUUUGUCACACAACACAAUGCCACAGAUGUCUCAGGUUUUGAGAAAGUGUGCAAUUGGCAUGCUGACUGCAGGAAUAUCCACCAGAGCUGUUUCCAGAGAAUAAAAUGUUCAUUUCUCUACCAUAAGCCGCAUUCAACGUCAUUUUAGAGAAUUUGGUAGUACGUCCAACCGGCCUCACAACCGCAGAUCAUGUGUAACCACAGGGGGUACUGAAGAGUAUUUCUGUCUGUAAUAAAGCCCUUUUGUGGGGAGAAACUAAUUCUGAUUGGCUGGGCCUGGCUCCCAAGUGGGUGGGCCUAUGCCUAGUCAUGUGAAAUCCAUAGAUUUGGGCCUAAUGAAUUCAUUUCAAUUGACUGAUUUCCUUAUAUGAACUGUAACUCAGCAAAAUCUUUGAAAUUGUUUGCAUGUUGCGUUUAUAUUUUUGUUCAGUAUAGAUAGGGAACCCAGGCAUGGUGAAGUGUUUACUGGAAGGGUAUGGGAAGGGUAUGGGUAGAGCACGGCGCUUGUAACGCCAAAGUAGUGGGUUCGAUCCCCGGGACCACCCAUACACAAAAAAAAUGUAUGCACGCAUGACUGUAAGUCGCUUUGGAUAAAAGCGUCUGCUAAAUGGCAUAUUAUAUUAUUAUUAUUAUAUUUAUCUGGUGUGUUCACGGGGACAUAAUGUCCGUGGCAAACGGGCUGCUUGGAACAUGGAUGCAGACGGAUGGAAAUAAUUCAUGACCUUCUCUCUGAGUCAAACAGGCCAGAUAAUGGAAAGUGCUGCUGCUGUGUCAGCCAGCCUCUGACCACAUUGUCUUUCUGCACGCACCUGCAUGUACACAUGGACACACACACCACACACACUGAGCGACACACACACUGAGCGACACACACACACUUAGCGACCAACACACUCUUUCAUGUCUGUCCACCUCACUCUCUUCCUUAACGAGGUUUCUCUCUAUCUAUCUGAAUCUAGUCCACAAAGAGCAAUUCUUUCAGCUCCAGUAAUUUACAUUUUCUAUGCUAUUGUCCCAGAGACGUGGUAUCACUUUAUAUUUGCGAACACCGCAGCUGACCAUCAAUCACACCAGUAUAAAUUGUGUGUCGGCUGUGUGGUGAAAAUGUAUGCACUCACUAACUGUAAGUGGAGACAGUACUUUCUGUUUCUGGGACUGUGUCCAUGAAUCUAUCUGUAUGACAAUGUUGGGGUCCCAAUUUGCAAAUGUGUGUGUGUGUGUGUGUGUGUGUGUGUGUGCCUGUGUGUGUUCCUGAAUGCUUGUGUCUGUGUGUGUGUGUGUUUUUCUCCAGACACCUGUUACAUCCUGUCGUUUGCUAUCAUCAUGCUGAACACCAGCCUCCACAACCCCAACGUGAAGGACAAGCCGGCAGUGGAGCGCUUCAUCUCCAUGAACAGAGGAAUCAACGAUGGAGGAGACCUUCCAGAGGACCUACUCAGGGUGUGUGAACAGAGGCAUCAACGAGACCUCUCCAUCCCUCCAUCUGUCUCUCCAUCCCUCCAUCUGUCUCUCCAUCCCUCCAUCUGUCUCUCCAUCCCUCCAUAUGUCUCUCCAUCCCUCCAUAUGUCUCUCCAUCCCUCCAUCUGUCUCUCCAUCCCUCCAUCUGUCUCUCCAUCCCUCCAUCUGUCUCUCCAUCCCUCCAUCUGUCUCUCCAUCCCUCCAUCUGUCUCUCCAUCCCUCCAUCUGUCUCUCCAUCCCUCCAUCUGUCUCUCCAUCCCUCCAUCUCACUCCUGAUCCCAUCAGAUCCCCCUGCCCCAGGGGUCCUAUACCUUCCUCUUCAACCCCCUCUCUGUAUCUAUCUGUACUCAAGUCCUAGUGUUUCUCUCUCCUCCCCACAGAACCUGUAUGACAGCAUCAAGAACGAGCCCUUCAAAAUCCCUGAGGACGACGGGAACGAUCUCACACACACCUUCUUUAACCCAGACCGGGAGGGCUGGCUGCUUAAACUGGGUGAGCAGGACUAGACGCUGAAAUAACCUUCAGAACGUUUAAAUAACGUUGUUGAAGCAUUGAAAUAAUCUUGAAAUAACUGUUGUACAGUUAGAAAUCCCAAAGGCCUGUAUCCUCUCCAAUCCUCACCAAUAUUACUGUGCCCAUCGAUGACUGUGUUUAUCACUGUCUAUGAUGGUAGGGAAGGUGUGAUGGAUUCUAUCAGAGUGAAACAGAGGCCUACAGACUGACCAAUGAGCCCAUCUCGAUCAGACUGCCUGUGUGUGUGUGUGUGUGUGUGAGUGUGUGUGUGUUCAAUCCAUAUACAGUAUUUGAGGGGCCUCUGCCCACCCCAAUGCAUUAUGGAUGAGGCCCUGAGAUCAGACGACCACAUGUGGAGGGCUUUCAGUAAUGCACGACUAGGCAUAGUCAUACACUCACUCACGCAUAGACGCACACAUACACACACUCUUACCUACACAUGAUACACAGGCAGACAGACAGACAGGCAGACAGACAGACAGGCAGACAGACAGACAGACAGAUAGCUGCACAUUCUGGACAUAGAGAGACAACCUGUACAGUGGAGUAUAAACCUGUGAACACACUACUAUGCUUCCUUCCCCUCUAAUGUUACAAUUACUCUUCCAGGACUUCCCAAUGAUCAGUCUUCCAGCAAAGAGAACCACAUUAUGUCCUGUGAUCUAACAGAGACGUACGGACUUCCUAACUCUCCACCCUGUCUGUUUCCCAGUGGAUCUUACGCUCUCUGUUUGGAUGGAUUCACAAUGACUCUGAUAUAAAUUCACAAUAAUCUGGGCCAUGUUCAUUAGCCACAAUGGAAAAUUAAAAUUAGCGUUUCUUAUUGGACAAGUCCAGUAGGUAGUGCCUCCCUGUUUCAUUCCAUGUUCUCCCGUUUGGUGCCUAAUGAACAGGACCCUGAACCUGAAUUGAAACCCCUAAUCAGUGUGAGUCUUUAGCACCCUUCCAGUAAAAUGAAGAAGACUACAAUCACACUCCAGUGAUACAUAACUGGGAAUAUUGACAUUCAGGUGCUACUAAUUUGGGUGGAAGGUUAAAUAAUUGGCCUGAAUGGACUGGGACCCUAGAGGAGGUGCUGUGCAAUGCGUUGCUUUACAGAAGUUGGCACCAGUGUAACAAUGCAUUUGGAAGGUUAAAUAAUUGGCCUGAAUGGACUGGGACACUAGAGGUGGUGCUGUGCAAUGCGUUGUUUUACAGAAGUUGGCACCAGUGUAACAAUGCAUUGAACUGAAAUGAUUUGGGGUGAGCAGAAGCCUCCUCUGGUGGUUAUAAAUGUACUCCAGAAUAACUCCACUUAUCCCAGAGCCUUCUAUUGAGAGCCUAUAAUAAUCAUAAUCUAAAUAAGGCUCUGAGACUGAUACGUCUUCAUCAAAUCUGAUAAUAUAACAAUGUGUAACUUGAUGAAUUUACUAAAUAUCAAAAUGCGUUUUUGAAGGGUUGUUCCUCUGAGUGCCAACAUUGUAAACCAGUGCAUUGAGCCACUCCUCCAAUCAGAUGAGCAAGAAGUGGUGCUAUGAUUUUUUAAAUAAUUUAAUUUGAUUUUUGUUUUCUUUUUCUUCCUCGUUUGUUUGUUUGUUCCCAUGAUUUUGGCUGUUGUCUUUCCCCAGGAGGUAUGUACAUCUGCUCUUCCCAAAAACUAGUCCAUCUUCUCAGCUCUCCGGUGCUUUCGGUGGUCCACCAUUGCUUCCGUUCUCCCUCAUUUAUUUCUGUUGUACGCUUUUAACGUUUUUGUUUUUUUGUUUGUGGAUUUUGUUGCUGUUGGGUUUCCUUGUUCCGCCAUUAUCGACUGAAUCUAGUUUUAUUUGUAUGUUUGUAUGUUUGUUUGUUGGUCUUCCAUUGAGCUGGUGGUGUGUCCACGUGCUUCUCUCUCUCUCUGUGUUGGUCGCUGGGCGGUUGCUAGGUGCUUUGCCUGGUUAGGCCGCUUGGGGAACAACAUGGCGGCCAUUUUGUUUUGUGCCCACCGUAGUGACGAGUUUGACCUCACCGUUAUGCUGUGGUGAUUUACCUUUUCAGUCUCCGUGUUUUGGCGAGCUGCAGUAUUCCUCUUUCUAGAAAGAGCACGACAAAGGGUUUGAAGACAGAUCUACGAAUUAAGUUAGUUUUGAAUUAGCAACCUAUUAACUACCAUUUAGGAACCUAUUCAAAAUGUACCAGCAUUUUAGAUCGUGAAUAGUAAAUCAUGUUAGGAUUCUCAGAAGUUCUGACCUCACAAGAACAAUGUCUGUUGUUGUUAGCUCUUUAAUGGGAUCAUAUGAAUGGAAUACUGCAGCUACACCAACUGGCUCCAGCUCUGCUCUCUCUGUCAUGCUGUUAAUGGACCUGAAGGGUGAUGGUGUGGCUUUGGUCUGCUGUGGCUUUGGCCUGGCCUGGUCUGGCUUUGGUCUGGUAUGGCUUUGGCCUGGCCUGGUGCAGACCUGGGUUCAAAUAACAUCUGUUUUCUUCCAAAUACUUCAGCAGCGCUUGAUUGAGCGUGCCUCGCACAAUGGAACUAAAAGUGCAAAACCCUCCAGGCAGGAUCACUCAAACGCUGAAAGUAUUUGAAAGAAAACAACUACUGUGAUCCCAGGUCUGGUUUGGUGUGGUGCUGGACUGGACUGCAGUGAGGUGGGUGUGGGGAGAAUGGAGAAUGGGGGAUGUGUGUUGAGAAGGGGAGGUUAGGAGGGGAGUGAGGACUGGGUGCCAUCUAUAGAACCAUGCAUAAGUGCACUACAUGAUUAGUGUUUAGAAUAUAGGCUACAUUCUAGCUAUUGUGUUUAGGAAUAGAGAUUGAAUCAUCUGAUGAGACCAAGGAAAGCACAUUUUACUUGUCAUGUAAAUCCUGAGGUCUUCCUCGUUAAUUUAAAAGGAAUUUUGACAACCAAGUUGCCCAUGUUAAUCAGAAUAUGACACAAUUAUAAAAUACAUGUUAUCUGACUUGAAGCUGGUGGUCGAAAGAGACUAGUGCUGAAAAUGUCCUGGGUCAUGUUCUGUGGGGCACAGCAUUGCAAAACAAAAAUCUGUUUUCUUAUUGAACACAUUCAGCUGUUACAGUACCUCACUGUUUCACUUCAUUUCAAAACAUUCUCUCCUUACUAAACACGACCCAGGUCCCUCCUAACCCUCACUGCCCACCCCCUCUGUUCUGACCCCCUAUGUGCAUGGGCGAUCGCUCCUCCUCCUCCACACCUCCCCAGCCCAGCACCCCCUGACCCGCCGGCACCGCCCAACAAAAAUCUCCUCGGGCCGCCUUGUCCGGGACAUUUUUUGCCAGGGUCCUCGCUUUCUGAGUGACUGACAGGAACUGAAGUGAUCAACCAAUCAUCAAUCAAUCACAAUCUCCUCCAAGCCAAUCAACUGUCAUAUCAUCAGCUGUGAGAUUCUGCCAUUUGUCUCUACAUGACUCUCUGUCUGUCAAGUGUCGCUUCCAACAUUCAUAUGUCACAUUCUGAGGACAUGAUGACGAUAACACAGUGACAAAAUGGUGGCAAGGAGAACGUGUUUGUAGCCAUGUUCCAAUGUCCAUACUAGCCCACUACUUAGAAUACCUGCCCAAUACCACAGGAGGUUGGUGGCACCUUAAUUGUGGAGGACUGGCACGUGGUAAUGGCUGGAGCAGAAUAAGUGGAAUGGUAUCAAACACAUGGUUUCCAUGUGUUUGAUGCCAUUCCAUUUGCUCCGUUCCAGCCAUUAUUAUGAGCCGUCCUCCCCUCAGCAGCCUCCGCUGCCCAAUACAUUGUUUCAUACUAAGAAGUGUGCUAGUAUUUGGAUAUCGGGACGGAGAGUGUUUAAGUGCCCUAUCAUGACCUCUGUAGUGUGAUAGGUUAUCAUAUACAGUAGCAUCGCUGCUAUAUGAUCAACACUUCUGUCAACAACACAGCUCUUCUGUCUUGGUAGAUGGGUUUUCUUAGUGCGUCUUCAUACUAACGUUGGUGGUGGUGUAGCAGCUCAACGAUCAUGUAAAACUCUCAGUAGGGUCCAGACAUAGAACAGCCAGACAUGCCUUUAUAUCAUCAUGUUGAUUUGUCUUUAAUCAAAAAUGCCAUAUAUCGUGUUUACUCCUAGAGCAUGUAGGUGUGUGUCCAUGUACACGUUGUAUUGAUACAAUUAUGUUUUGAUGGUGGAUCUUUAGACUUAAAGAGGAGCCAAAAGGGGUCCCCUAAACUGACAGAAAUAUUGUCCAGAAAUGACCUAAUUGGACAGAAAGGUGUCUUCAGACAAUAAAUUGAUUGGUGUUAUAUCAUAUAUCAUUGUGAAUACGGCCAGUAUUCAAGCCAAAACUAUGUGACGUGAAAAAUAGCAACUAAUCUUCCAUAGUGUCUUUAACGACUAGCCCUUCACUAGUUUAAACAGGAAGUUCCAGCCAGAGAUAACAAUAGAGUGAGUAGCCUACUAGCAUAGCAUAGCUCCAGGCUAGCUCCAGUUUCCUGUCCCCCCAUGACACUGUUUAUCGGCAUCUCAUCCUCCCAGCGUGAGCUAGCUGCCAUCUGCUGCUGUGAUCAGGUUUCUCCCUGUUACGUUCUCCCCUCGGGUGUAGUUCGUCUGAGGAGGAGAAGUAAAUGCCUUUGCCUGCUCAUACAAGGUAAACUAGAUGGAUGGGGAAGAAGGUGGGGUGUAAUGAACUAAAAUAACCAGACAACAACCAGAUCUCAAGGUUAGCCCUCAGGGGACGUUUAGUAAGGUACUUUAAACAAUAUAAACAACACCCAUAAAGAAACAACAAAUCAAUCAAAUAAACCAGGGAAGGUAAGCGAAGAGAAUAUUUGGGAACGGGGUCCAAUUAAUGAAAAUAAACAAAAGGUCCCUCUUCUACACACCUAAACCUUCCUAUCACACUCUAACCCUAACCCACUUUCCUGCCUGUUUACCAAAAAAUACAGGGGUGACACCCGCCCGGCUAACCUAGUGUAUAAAACAAUGGGUUAUCUACGUGGGAAUGUACACCCAUGGGCAGAUCUAGCGGCAGGUAGCUUAGUGGUUAAGAGCGUUGUGCCAGUAACCGAAAGGUCGCUGGUUCUAAUCCCUGAGCCGACUAGGUGAAAAAUAUGUCGAUGUGCCCUUGAGCAAGGCACUUAACCCUAAUUGCUCAUGUAAGUCGCUCUGGAUAAGAGCGUCUGCUAAAUGACUAAAAUGUAAAUGUAAAUCUACCUUUCCCUUCUCCAGGACCUAGGUAGGGUGGAGUACAUCAGGAGGACAGGCUGGAAAACAAACAAAGAUAAAUUAACACAGCCAAACAACAAGUGGACCAACAACUUGUGGUCCUCUGUAGCUCAGCUGGUAGAGCACGGCGCUUGUAACGCCAAGGUAGUGGGUUCGAUCCCCGGGACCACCCAUACACAAAAAAAUGUAUGCACGCAUGACUGUAAGUCGCUUUGGAUAAAAGCGUCUGCUAAAUGGCAUAUUAUAUUAUUAUUAUUAUUAUUAUUAUUAUAUAAGUGUCCUCUCCCCCUCUCUUCGAGCUCACACGGCAAACAGGUAUACUCUCAUCAAUCAGCUACAGCUGCCAGGAGGGCGGGCCGAAGCCACGCCCACCAUCAUCAGCCGCAACUCAGCACACCUGUAAUGCCAGAACACACAAACAUACUACACAGGAAAAUGGGGAGAUAGAAAAACACGUCACACGUAACACUCCCUAACAGUUAGUGUGGGUGGUCGGGGGUUGGCCACAGAUCAAUGAGCUGCUGAGUUAACCAGAGACACCCCGCCGGGCAUGAAAGAGGCAAAGGAUUUGAGCCAUGCAGGCCAUGAAAAAACAGGCAACCCCUAAUCAUUUGUGACAUUCAGAGGAAGUUCUUUUUUUAGUCUAUAGUUUUAUAAUUAGAUUUCUUCUUGUCUUUUUUCCAACUAGUAUCCCGCUUGUGAUUUCCAAUAGUAGGAGCUCAGUUAGGGCCAAGUUUUAUAAUAAUAAUAAUAAUAAUAAUUGUUAGUAGUACUAUUUAACAUUCCCCGUGGUAGGAUCUCAUUAACUCCUGGAGGUCUAAACUUUAACAAGUGUUUGGUUUUAUAUCGCAGCUAUUGAUCUCCUUUAGAAGUUGUCUACUCUGAGAGAGACUGUUGAUCUCCUUUAGAAGUUGUCUACUCUGAGAGAGACUGUUGAUCUCCUUUAGAAGUUGUCUACUCUGAGAGAGACUGUUGAUCUCCUUUAGAAGUUGUCUACUCUGAGAGAGACUGUUGAUCUCCUUUAGAAGUUGUCUACUCUGAGAGAGACUGUUGAUCUCCUUUAGAAGUUGUCUACUCUGAGAGAGACUGUUGAUCUCCUUUAGAAGUUGUCUACUCUGAGAGAGUCUGUAAGUCCUGAGUCAGCUAUACUGAGGAGCUACUGAGGAGAGGUGGGACAGUUAAAAUGAGCACUCUGGUUUCAGACACAGUAUUAAACAUGAUAUACUGCUCUGUCUAAUCUAUAUGGCUAAGGGCUUUUCACUACAGAGCCGAGCCGAACCAAGCUGUACUGAGCUGGCCUGUUUAUGCAUCCACCAUAGUUGCUGGAACCGUACUGAAAGGAAAAUGUGAAAAGAGCAUAUCCGAGCCAACAGGUUGGCACACUAGUGUAAAAAGGCGAUUACAGAAUACCUUGGCCCAGUUUACUCAACAGAACUCCUCCGUAACCUCGUGCUUCUCCCUCAUGUGGAGCAGAAUAACUGGUUGUAUGGAUGCUAUGGUGUGGGUUGUAGGAGGAGCAAGGUACUGUACUGUACGGUGCUUGAUAGGGAAUGUAGGGAGAUGGGAGUUGUAGUUCUAUACCUGUUAUCUGCCUGUCUGUCUAUCCAUGCGUCUGUCUGUCUGCCUGUCUGCUGCUCUGCCCUCCGCUGUCCGGUGCUCAUCCCUCUCUCUCUCUCUCCACUGAGUCUGGCUAACACCGUUUCUCUAUUCCUCAGGAGGACGCGUCAAAACCUGGAAGAGAAGAUGGUUCAUUCUCACGGACAACUGUCUGUAUUACUUUGAGUACACCACUGUAAGUACAACUGUCUAUAUUACUUUGAGUACACCACUGUAAGGACAACUGUCUGUAUUACUUUGAAUACACCACUGUAAGUACAACUGUCUGUAUUACUUUGAGUACACCACUGUAAGUACAACUGUCUGUAUUACUUUGAAUACACCACUGUAAGUACAACUGUCUGUAUUACUUUGAGUACACCACUGUAAGUACAACUGUCUGUAUUACUUUGAGUACACCACUGUAAGUACAACUGUCUAUUACUUUGAGUACACCACUGUAAGUACAACUGUCUGUAUUACUUUGAGUACACCACUGUAAGUACAACUGUCCGUAUUACUUUGAGCACACCACUGUAAGUACUGGACUGGAACUGGAAGCCUAUGUUCCUCAGUUAUCAUGUUCAAUUCAAUAAAUCUUAAAUGUCUGCAACAGGCACACAUAAAUACAUGACUAUUAUGAUGGAUAUUACAGUUGCAAGUUACAACACAUUGUCACACUGUAACCUGUUCUGGUUGUGUACUGCUCUGCUGUGGACUGCUCUACUGUUUGUUCACUGCUCUACUGUGUAUUCAUCGGCGACAGGUAGCCUAGCGGUUAAGAGCGUUGGGCCAGUAACCGAAAUGUUGCUGGUUCGAAUCCCUGAGCCGACUAGGUGAAAAAUCUGUCAAUGUGCCCUUGAGCAAGGCACUUAACCCAAAUUGUUCUGGAUAAGAGUGUCUGUUAAAUGACUAUGUAAAUGUUAAAACAAUUAUUCAGAGUAUUGUCAUUAACAGGGAUAUUCCACUCACAAAACAACCUAACACUUACCUUUUCCCACUCACCUGUAGUUAUUCACCAAAAACGGACAUAUUCCGCUUAAUUGGGUACUUAUUAAAGGGACAUUGCACUUCAAAAUAAAAUAAAAAGUCAGAUGUUUCCAGACCUCAAAAGUGGUGUAAUGUUGAGGUAAGUCCAUCUCCCAGGCCAUCUGUCGUGUAGAUCCAGCUACAUGCCCCAAUCCCAAAUAAAUGGAAAAGAUAAGCAUCAUAUCAUUUCCAGAUUUGAGGUGCAUAUAAUUUCCAUUCAUUUGGGGUUGAGGCAUCAACUCAUCAGCUGAAUCUACACAAUCAAUAUCCCAGGAUGUUUGACACAUCUUGGUCUGAACAUUUUGUAGUGUAAUAUCCCUUUAGUACCCACCACAUUUUGCUGUCUGUAUUUUAAGCCAUGUCCCACAGCAGUCCUUAACAGAUUCAUCUUAACGUCCAUGUUUCUGUCCUCUUAACAGAUUCAUCUUAACUUCCAUGUUUCUGUGCUCUUAACAGAUUCAUCUUAACUUCCAUGUUUCUGUCCUCUUAACAGAUUCAUCUUAACUUCCAUGUUUCUGUCCUCUUAACAGAUUCAUCUUAACUUCCAUGUUUCUGUCCUCUUAACAGAUUCAUCUUAACUUCCAUGUUUCUGUCCUCUUAACAGAUUCAUCUUAACUUCCAUGUUUCUGUCCUCUUAACAGAUUCAUCUUAACGUCCAUGUUUCUGUGCUCUUAACAGAUUCAUCUUAACUUCCAUGUUUCUGUGCUCUUAACAGAUUCAUCUUAACUUCCAUGUUUCUGUCCUCUUAACAGAUUCAUCUUAACUUCCAUGUUUCUGUCCUCUUAACAGAUUCAUCUUAACUUCCAUGUUUCUGUGCUCUUAACAGAUUCAUCUUAACUUCCAUGUUUCUGUCCUCUUAACAGAUUCAUCUUAACUUCCAUGUUUCUGUCCUCUUAACAGAUUCAUCUUAACUUCCAUGUUUCUGUCCUCUUAACAGAUUCAUCUUAACUUCCAUGUUUCUGUCCUCUUAACAGAUUCAUCUUAACUUCCAUGUUUCUGUCCUCUUAACAGAUUCAUCUUAACUUCCAUGUUUCUGUCCUCUUAACAGAUUCAUCUUAAAGUCCAUGUUUCUGUCCUCUUAACAGAUUCAUCUUAACGUCCAUGUUUCUGUCCUCUUAACAGAUUCAUCUUAACGUCCAUGUUUCUGUCCUAUAGGACAAAGAGCCCAGAGGGAUCAUUCCGCUGGAGAACCUCAGCAUCCGGGAGGUGGAGGACAAGAAGCCUGUAAGCACACACUGCACCCUCUGCUGGAUCGACCACAUAACUAUCCUUUGGGGACCAAACAAAUGAUUCCCAUUCAAAAUCCUAUUUUCCCUAACACCUAACCUCAACCCUAAUUCUAACCCUAAUUGUAAACCUAAACCUAACCUCUAAGCCUAAAAUUUUAAAAAAUAUUGUGGGGACUGGCAAAAUGUCAUCGUUUUGCUAUCCUUGUGAGGACUUCUGGUUAUUAAAUACACACACACGCGAGAUAAAAGCACCGUCAAAUUUAUUGAUCUUAUUCUAAAUAUAAUCAGGAAAAUGAUCAGGAAAUAUGAUCAGGAAAUAAGACGGUUAUUUAAUCUCCCAUUCAUUUGGGAUUGAGGCAUAUAGCUGAUCAACACAACCAAUGAUGUGUGACAUGGACAAAUAUUGACAUGAGUUCACUUCUGAGAUCUGCAAGAUAUGACAAACUGAUUUUGGAGUGAUCCAUCCUGUUAGUGUUCAGGGGUUGAAAGGAACAAGAUCGAGGGGUACAGCCCAAUAAUCCCCUUCCUCCUGUGCACCCGUUUACUACUCCCCACAAAUUGGACCGCAUUGGAUUGGUGUAAACAUGGGCUAGAGGGAGUUUCCAUAUUGCAGUAAUGUCCUUCCAAAUCUAUGAAGGGAAGUGAACAAGUGCACACUUCGAUAGAAAGGAGAGAUUACAGUUCAGUAAUGUCUCAGACGAGACUUUGUCUCCCCCUGGUGGUAGUGUGGCACAGCACAUAAUAACACAGCUUGGGUUCAUCUCAAUUGUACUUCCUUGAUUAAACACACGUGCCCGCAGGAACACACACACCUUAUUAAACUCAGCAUUUCGGACACAGUUGUGGCAUUCCUCACAUUCUCUCUCCUUGCCUCAUUCUCAAAAUGUUUUGGAGGAGAAGACCCGAGGGGAGGAACCUUAGAUCUUCUGCUCCAAUGUGUUUUGAGAAGAUGAGGAGGGAGGACCUGAGGAAUUAAGAAAAUACAAUUUAAGAUUCACUCUCCUCUCCUCUGCGUAGAACUGCUUUGAGCUCUUCAUCCCAGAGAACAAGGACCAGGUGAUCAAGGCCUGUAAGACGGAGGCGGACGGCAGGGUGGUGGAGGGGAACCACACCUUCUACAGGAUCUCUGCUCCCACCACUGAGGAGAAGGACGAGUGGAUGAACAGCAUCAAGUCUGUAGUACUGCUUAUCAACAAGCUAUGACUGGGUUAUGGAUGUGUUGUGAUUUUGUUAUGGAUGAGUUAUGGAUGGGUUACAAAGCCCUAAUUUAGAUACUAGUCAAAGAAAGUGUUACCCCGUUAUCCCUCUUCAUUUGAUGUGUAAUCCAAAGAUUACUCAUAGAUUAUUUUUGACCUCUGUUCCUUUCCAUCAUACACCAUUGAUAAUAAACUAGGAACCUGGGAAAUUGCAGGGCACCCCAGAUUAUAUUUACAGUGUAAAUGAGGGCAAACUGUUAUCCCACCAGGGGAGCGUACUCACUUACCCCCCUUCUACCCCCACCCUCACAGAGCUGCCAUCAGCAGGGAUCCCUUCUAUGAGAUGCUGGCCACCCGCAAGAAGAAGGUCUCCUCCAUGAAGCGACACUAG